GCUAUGGAAAUAUUGAGAGUGGGAAAUGAAAAGUCGCUACUUUACACCAAACGAGGUUUUAGCACAUAAUUCACCCGAAGACUGUUGGGUCUCGUUUCUUGGAUAUGUUUGGGAUCUCACACCAAUAUGCGCACAGAACAAGGGUAGCAUACUUCUCCAGCCAAUCUUAAACGAAGCUGGUAGAGACAUAUCGCACUGGUUUGAUGCAAAAACUGGUGACGUUCGACAUCACAUUGAUCCAGUUACGAACUGUUACGUACCUUACACCCCCUUUGGUCGAUUUGUUCACAUACCACCACCUUAUCCAACGACAGAUUGGGCUACAGAUUUCGGUAUACCUUGGUGGAAAGAUGAGAGACUGAUUGUUGGAUAUUUAACUAAGAAGACAAGGUUUGUACGUAUUUUCAAUACACUUGCGCUACUUCAACACGAAAUUGAGUCAAAAAUAUAUUACUAUCUCGGCCAUUUGAUCAAAUGUGAAAUACCUCUAGCGCCGAAUUCAGUGACUUAUUAAACACAAUAAUACAAGAAGAUAGUUCAUUAAACUCCUCUGGAUAUUUGUUUUUGUGUCAAAAUAAAAGUAUAGCAUCGUCAAAAAUUAAAAGUAGGAUAACUACUUUUCUUCACGGGAUACACAAACGUCAAUCACUGCUUGAUGAAUUCCGGUUUUUUAAGAAGAAAAUAGGUUCAAAAUAUCGUUUGAUUCACAUUCUAAAAAAUAUUUCCGAUGUAAAAUCGAUGUCCACUAGAGAGACAAGCAAAAGUGAAGACCGAGUUUAUUCAACAUCGAUAAUUAUUGUCUCGAACCCUAUAGAAUCGUCCAAUAGGCUGUUGGGCGUGAUAAACACCAAGAUUUUCGUCUGGUACGAUAUCUUAAUAAACAUAGGGGUUUUUAUUGUUUCAACGUUAGUAUUUAGGAUUGGUUUUAUGACCGAUGGUUCUCAUUCCGCCGCUAAUUGCUAUUCAAAAUAUAAUUAGCCAAAAGAACAAAGAUAUUAUAUAGACGUCCAUUCAGUUAAGUCAUACGUUGUGAAAUUUUGUCCAGUGAGGCGAAACCGAAAACGUAGGAACCAUUUAAUUUUAAAAAGAUAAUACCUAUUGAGAAGGGGUCAUACGUGAGGCAGUGUAAAUAAUUUAACGUACCGCUAUAACAUCUGUUUAUAUAACAUUUCAUUUUUUAUUAUUUCAGUACAACAUUUCGUCCUAUCUGUUCAAUAAAACAUAUCAUUUGUAUCAAUUCAGUGUAAACUUUGUUGUUUCAACUCACUACGACUUUCGUCAAUUGAUAACUAAUGCAGGUAAACCUGCAUGUAAGAGAGUGUAUUUUGUUCUCAUGAAGGAGGAAUACUUUUGGUAUUGGAUGAUUAGAAAAAUCUUCAUCUGCCAAUAGUGUUGGUCUCCGUUGCAUUAAACCAUAGCGACUCUCAGUUUUAUACAUACCACUGUUCCCGCUUCUAAGUCACAAUCCAAGCAAUAACAAUAUCUAUUAAAUAAUUUGGCUUGCGAAUCCAAAGCUUAGUUCAUAAUGUUUUAGCAUUUGAGGUAACAGGUACUAGAUUCAAUUCUUACUGCGAAAAUUAACACUGAGAUUUAGGUACAUCAGUCUGACUAGUUCCAAAUAGGAUUAAACAUAGAUCCUGAAUCCAAUUGUUAGCAUCCGUUUAAAACAUAUCUAAUUUACUCUGUAAAUUAUCUCUUUGGUGAUAAAAUUAAAAUUUGUUUACAAUAAAAAUAUAACGACCUGUUGAUUGGGUCAUGUUACCUGUAAAAUAUUCGUCGACUUUACCUACAAUGUAAAAUGUUAAACUAUUUUUGUUUUUCUAACUAAACGAUAAAAUUUUGUUAAUCAAGCUGUUUACUUCAAAGAACAUCUUAUUUUUGCUACUCCAUAGACCUUCUGUUAUGCCGAUGCUUUAAAAAUGGGAGAUUCGGAAAUGUAUUUUUCUAAAAACCUGUACAUUUUCUUAUUUUAAAUCUAUUAUUUCUUUUUAUUCUGUCGAUUAGGUAUGCGUUGAGGAGACUAUUA